AACAAAACAAUUUUUCGAUUUAAAUUUUUAUUUAGCAAAAAAAUUCUAUUACUUCCUACUACACACACACACAGAAAUCGAGAUGGACAUCUUUGAGAGCUUCUGCCGGACGUGCGGCAACGAGUGCCUAGAGUCGCUGGGAAUCUACGAGGAGAGCGCCCGGGCGCUGGACAAGAUGGUGCCCAUUGCAGAGAUGCUGGCGGCCUGUCUGCCCGCCUCCUUGCCGCCAAUGAACCAAUCCGACGACUAUCCCAAGCAGAUAUGCCGCAUCUGCGUCAAGAAGCUAUCGAUGGCCUACGAGUUCAGCCACCAGUGGCUGGGUGCCCACAGCGAGUUCAACGUGGCCCUAAAGUUCGAGCAGCGCAGGAAGCGCAGUCUGGCCAGCAAGUCCCAAUUCCAGUCCCACCAGGCAAAGCCCAAGGAUGAGCAGCUGCCCACGGAGGCAGCGGAUGCAGUGCCCCUUAAAAUAGAACCAGUAAUGGAAGCUCCAUCUGCAAACGUGGAGGUCAAGAGCAGCAGCGAUUCCCGACUUGGCUUUAAGUGCGGCAUCUGCAACGAAAGUUUUCACACGGAGAAGGCGUGCAAGUUCCACUUCAAGUUUUCCCACAAGGAUCUCUAGUGCUCCAACGGACCUCACUAUCCUGUAAUUAGAGUAAUCGCGCUCACUUACUACAAGACUGUGGUAGUAAUUGCAUCGAAAUUUUAACCUUUUAAUGGCAUAAUUGUUUGUUUUUCGUUAAGACAGUCCUGGGAAAAAUAAGCUAUCUGUUUUUCUACGACCUAGCAUAGGCAGAUUUCUAUAAAGAUACACCAUAUUUGCACUUGUAAAUGAAGAUAUUUGUUUUCGAUAGCUUUAAAUAUAUAGAAUUUUAAA